AUGCAUACAAAAGUGUUUAUAUCCAUCCUGCAAGUCCCCUGUGUGCAGCGUAGGACAUGGGGCUCCCAGUUCUACUUCCUCUCCCUCCUUCUUCUAAAAGGACCUUUGCUGUGCCUUUCUCAAACGACUUUAAGUAGCCUGGCGGACACAAUAGUUCUCAAGGAAAGUAUUGCUGAAGAACUGCCGCUCGCACAUGUUGUCUUGAACUUGGACAAGGCUCUUACUCAGUAUGAUUUGCGUCACCGGGGCAAUUUGACGGGAUCGUUGAGAAAACUGCAGCCUACUUCACGCCAGUUUAACCUCAUUCCCACGGUUAAUUCCGACCUCUUUCGAAUAAAUUUGAAGUCAGAACUCAUUGUGAUCAAACGGAUCGACAGGGAGACCAUAUGCCAGCAGCGUGCCUUUGAUGCUUGGUCUAACCUCGGUGCGCAAAGUGGCGGUACCAGCGCGGGCGCCUCCAGUAGGUCCUCCGCUCAGACAUGUGUGCUGGAACUCAGGCUGCGGGCAAUUGAAUUCUCCUCCGAUGCUGAAAUAAAUGAGGAAGUUCGGCAACGUCGUAAACUUCGGCUCAUUUUUGCCCAGCUGACUGUCGAGGAUAUAAACGACAAUCGUCCGCAGUGUCAUAGUCCAGCAUCAGCUAUCGACGGUACCCAGUCAACGACGCCUGUUAUUGAGAUCUAUGAGAACGCCAGGGUUGGCGACAUUUUGGUUUCUUGGUUGAUCACGGAUGCAGACACGAGCCAACACGGCAUAUAUGGAGUACGGAAAAUUGGCGAACGGGCCAGUUUUGGUGAAGGUGAUAAUGAUGGUCAGGAUCAUUUUGUGCUGGAUAUUGUCGACCACACUCACAGUGAAGCCCCCUGGAGUUCAGUGACCGUACAGCUACAUUUACAUCGUCAAUUUAAACUCUCCCCACCGAAAAAACCAACUUCUAACCUCUUGGGUGAGUAUGUGGUAAAGUAUGCGGCGUGGGACAGUCCCGGUGCCGCUGAUAUAGCCCAAGCAAACAUGCAUGCUUUUUCAAGAACCGUGUGUGAAUUACGUGUGCACAUUUUAGACGUGAAUGACCACAGUCCGGUGUGGGUCUCUCCGAAAGAAUUCACACUCGGUCAGUCGUUAACUCUGGAUAUUAGAGAGGACAGUAACGGACGCAGUAGCGAACUUCUUCGGCUGCAUGCCAAGGAUGAGGACAUAGGUCCUAAUGCCAAAAUACGCUACUUGUUGAUGGCUUCGAGUGGUGAAGUGCCAACAGUUAAACGACAAGGAGACGACAACUUUGUGCCCAACAACUUCCUUCAUCUGGACCCACAUACGGGCAUACUACGUUUGCGUCACAUGCCACAGGAUUAUGAGACCCUGUCGAAACAGCUGCACCUUCGAAAAGCUAACGCGGACGAAAGUGAGGCCUCUGGAAUUCAACUCUUCAUCAAGGCUGUGGACUCACCAAAGGACGAGUCGCAGCAGCGCAGUAGUCCUGUCGUUAGUCUCAUAAUUUGGAUACACGAUGUCAACGAUAACGCCCCGAAAAUAACCGUACUCGGUAUAUCCUCCCCGAUGCCAGCCAACGGCCUACAAGCCAUUAGUCCGAUGUUUGUCGGUGGUGGCAAUGGGCCUCAAGAGAACACGCUUUUUGUGUCAGAGAAUUUGCCGCCAUUAGAGCUCAUUGCGACAGUCACGGUAGAGGACCCUGACACGGGCGCAGGUGGUCGGGUGGAGUGCGAAAUCGUAGAAUACGCCCGUCGCAGCGGUCUAAGUCUGCCGGUUCGCGAGAAUGCCUCCUUUCAUCUAAUGAAAAAUGCCUACUCCCUUCUUGACGGUGGAUCCGCUUGGUCCGCCAAACAGAACUUUGGCUAUCAGAUCUUGACAGCAGUUUCUCUAGAUCGUGAAAAACAGAGUUCAUAUGAACUACGCCUAGUCUGUGUGGACGGCGUUAAGUCUCUGGAGGAGAAACUUAAUCUUCUUGACUUGACGGCAUAUGGCAGCGGAAUUCGAGGUAGUGAGGACCGCCUAACCUCAAUUGUGAGCAUUUAUGUCAAAGUGCUCGACAUCAACGAUAAUGUGCCAGUCGCUUCACCUAAUGGAAACGUCUUUUUGGAUGCUGAACACAGCGUGAUAGAGUGUGAAGUCACCGAGAAUGCCUUGCCCAAUACGCAGAUCUGUCAGCUGAAGGCAUACGAUGCUGACGAAGGACCCAAUGCAGCUGUAGAGUGGCAGCUCUCCGCGGACGCCCCACCUUGGGUUGGGAUUGAUUCUGCUAGCGGCUGGCUGAUGAUAAGUCCACCUCGGGGAUCCCAGCGACCAAACUCUGCUGGAAUGCUUGAAAAGCCGGACCGGGAGACUGCAGACCGGCACAACUUCACGGUAGUGCUUAGAGAUGGUGUGAAUCAGGCCGGAAGACCGUCGGCUGUACGCCUUUCCUCCAGCGUGGCAGUUUCUUUGCGAAUCUUGGAUGUUAAUGAUCAUGCUCCAGAGAUUGCCCCGUUUCACUACUUCAGUAUUUCCGAAUCGGCACUCGCAGGAGGAGUAGUUUGCACCCUUAAUGCUACAGAUUUGGACGAACCUGGCACAGAAAAUUCGGCCCUCACAUAUGUGAUUGCAGCAGUUCGAUCGCUGGAUCCACAAAAUCUCAGUUUUAAGGAUCGCAAGGCGGAAAACGCUGCUUGGCAAACACAUAAGUCCGGACUUACUUUGUUUUCGCCACCUUUCGAGGUAAGCAUAUCAAAAUGCAUUCCUAUCUUCAAAACGUACUAGGGAGUUUACGUUUUACAUGUCAAAUUUAAAUUUUCAGUUUUAUCCAUGCAGUCCUUUUGCCUUCUUUGUGCUAUCAAGUUUGCAGCCAGUCGCCUUUCUAAACAGUAGUGUUUUGAGCAUUAAUGAUUCAACUUUGGUCCAGGAAACGUAAUAUAUAGAAUACGAGACCAAUGCUAAAAACCGAUGAAAACCUCCAGCUUUAUCUGGAAAUCCUAUCAUCCUCCUACCAAUAGUCCAUGGUGUGCUCUAUUGGUUUCAUAUUAAAGGACGUAAUUCUGGCAUUUUACAGUCUGUUGAAGGAGCAUGUUUGGCCCAGCGCUUUGACAUAUACCUUAUUAAAUGACAAUGGGUUUGUUUUUAUUGGUUAAAUCAUCGGAAAUCAAAAUAACUUAGGACUUGAGAACUUGAGAUAGAGUUGCACGUCUGAUUUGUCCCGAGAAAAUACUUUCUGUUUAUUCCGUCUAAGCAGUCUGUGAACGCAGAGUCACAUUGCAUAUGACACUUCGAGCUCUUAAUUUCGUAAUGUCUUUUAACAUCGGAUUUAAAGUGAAAGAAAUGACGAGCUGGUCUAUAAGGCCCUAGAACUGGCGAGGUAAUGAUUAAAACAUCGAAAUAGAACCUUUUUUACAUCUACUGUCCAUUUAGAUAACGAAUCAUAAGACUAUUGUCGAAGUCAGUGAGAUAGUCAAAGCAGCCUUAACCCUUUUAAGUAUUUUUCGACCCGCAGAAAAAAUUGCAUUUGCAUUUAAAAUCCAAGCAGCAGGGCAGAAACCAAGCACGGGCUGUAAUUGCAGUGUAGACUGUGUCUCCGUUCAAAGUGAAAUGCCGUUUAGAAGAGAACGAAGUAUCAAGGGACUGUGAAUUCCGAUAUAUCUUGAGGAUUUAGAAGGAUACUAAGCGCUCAGCAUUAUAAACCAGUGAGUUAGAUAAAUAAGUUAGAUCAGUCUGACAAAUUUCUAGAUCCUUAGCUAUAGUUGGCUUGCAGUUUAAAUAGAGAAAUGGGCUGUUAAUACUACUUUCACACUUUUUGACUACUUUGAGAUCGCACUCCCGUUGUGCCAGGCUACUAAAUCCAGGAGGCACCGUGUUACAUAUGAUUUGUUCGCAUUCUGACCAGACAGCAUGCAGUUAACUUCAAGUGAGUCUGCGUUCAGUUAUUUUUCGUCUGUGAUUUGCAUAUAUUUUGUCGAGAUCUCUAUCCGGGGUCAAGCAUCACAGAGAUUUGAGAUAGCAGAAGUUGGGGGUGAUGUCCAGUGCGAUAGUAGAAGUCCGCUUUGAAUUCCUUUUAUUAACUGGUUUUUAGGAGCUGCCGCAUUCAGAUAUUAGAUAACCACCAUAUAAACAGGAGGAAAAUUAAAUCGCAGCAGAAUUUCGUUAAUUACCUUCAGUCUAUAAAUCUCUUUACAUGUAAAUUUUAGACAAACUGCUGGAUUUACCCCGCUGGAAGCAUUUAAACCUACAGGCGAGGUCAUUAGUAUAUCACGUUUGGGAAAAACGUUUCUGCUUGAAAGAUUUUUGUCUACUUAUCCCACUGUCAAUUGUGGUGUGAUAUCUUGCCCUAUGGGCAGUAAAGUCUAUUUAAAUUCGUCUAUAGGAACGGUUGUAAAGGACUCUGAAUUUUCCCGGCUUUCCUUUUUGCACCUAUUGAAAUACAAACGAAAAAAUUCUGCUUUUUGGAUCUGUAUAUGUUUUAAUUGGAAAAGUUUUCCUCUAGACCGAAAUGACCCUCGCAUUCUAGCCUGGGAUGCUGCCUUUGUUUGCCAUUAAAAUUCUCCCAGAUUUUGUCCAUUUGCCAAUCAAGCGCCUUACGCGGGGCACUAUCUAAUGGUUAGCAUUAGCGAACACAUUAGUUGUCGUAAUAUAAUGCAGAUGAAUAGAGUGGUAGUCCGGACUUCUUUGUGACUGCAAUGUCAUUAAUUCCGACAGCAUUAUAUUCUAUUGUAGGAACAUAAAUUGAUCUCUCAUUGCGUAAUCGGGCUUGAGUGUUACACAAAACGCGCUGGUUAUAAAAUUUUUGAAUUAGGUAAAUAAAUCCUUGCCAUUGGAGAAGUAAUGAUGCCUUAACGGUUAGCAGUGAACGUGAGCUUAUGUCCUGACCUGACUUUCACAUGAAUUCCAUUUAGACUUACAAGAAACUUGAUUUCCUGUAUUUAAUAAGUUGUUAACUGGUAUUUUAAAGUCCUCCUUCGUUUUGAAAGAGCGCUUUUUCUGCGAAAGCGCGUAAAUAAAACCUGCCAGCAAAAACUGCCUUGAACGAUUGCUUGAGGAAUUAUCGUCCUGCCAGGUGUUAGAAACGGAGGAGAAGAUCAGUGCGGGAAACCUCAAAAGCCUUCUCAUUUGCAUAGAGCAGCACUAUUUCUAUCGUGGAUGUUCACGCACAUCCAGUUAGUUCGUCAGCUGACUGCCUUGGAUUCAUGUCAGGAUGUCUUUUCCUAUGUGGAAGCGUUUCACCAAAUGCAUCGUUCUGGUUUUUUAUUUAUCAUAUGAUUUUUUACUAGAAUAGAUGGCUAACGGAAAACGUAGACUGCAGCACUAUUGAAGCGAAGAUAUCCAAUUUGGUGUUAUCGCAACUUUCGCCGACACUUCAGCGGAAGCGGCAUGCGACUCUUAUUUUACGACACGGCAGUAUCUACAGUCUGCGCCGGAGCUAAUUAAAUAUCGACCAGGCGUGGUGACUUACUGGAAUUCGAGUAGGCAUUAUUUUAAUCAACUGUGUUGCUCAGGCGGAGGAAAAUCGCAUUAUUAGCAGGGCCGCUAUUUUUAUUACUUACAAACUCGGGGUGCCUCCCAGAAAAACGGGCAGUCAUAAUACAGUGCGAUCGUUCCGCAGGGAGUAAGGCUUCACUCAAACGCCCAAUCUGACGCAGAGCUCAUUUUGUCUCUAGAGUAUUUGCUAGUCUCUGCGUGUUUUUAAACGCCUUGGAUUUUUGGUUCUCAAGGUCCCUACGUUGAAUGCUGCCUAAUUUCCCAGAAGUGAAUCCACGGUUAUUUUCAUAUUCCCUCAAAGAAGGCUCCUGAGGCCCGUAGGCUGUUGCAGGGGAUAGGAUGGAAGUUGCAUACUUCACAAUCAACAUAACUCAACAGUCGGAGACUACGUCACAUGUAUUAGCCUUUAGGAUUUACAAGACUUCUAAAACUCCCAAAUGUUCCUUGUAACAAAGUACUUUCUUCUCUUACCGAUAGAAGUAAACAGGCGAGUCCCAGGAAGCGGUUUAGAAGAAAAUGCGAUCAAUGCAACAGAAAGUUUAUUCGCCUGAAGUUUCAAAUGUUUAUUCAGAGACAAUCGUUGAUAAAGGUAUUAAAGGCACAAAGGUUGCAGUAUUUAUAAUGCGUAGCUGUCGCCCCAUCCACACCGGGGAAUGGCUCAGCGCCGAAUAUGGUAUCGGGGGGUCAUUGCGCUUGUUGAUGCAUUUCGGGCCUGAGAACCAGGAUUCGAGCAGAUCACGGAUCACGCGGCUGUCAGCUCUUACGAGGACUUCGACCUCUUGAAAUUUGAAAAUAUGGCCGGGUUUAGUGGGAUGGACCGCCAGUUGAGAUCUGGCGUCUUCCCUCCCCACCGCUGUUGCGUGCUCGGCCAUCUGUGUCUGAAGCGAUCCCCAGUUUCUCCGACGUAGUUGCUCUGUCCGCAACAGCGCAAGAUCCGGUAAACGACUUUAGACAUUCCCUACCGUAGGCUUGGGUUUUACAACUUCAUGACCUGUUCUUCCCCUAUGCAAGACAUUUUUCACGGAACGUUUUGAAGUAUAUUGUGGUUGCAGAGCCGUCUAAAGUGAAAAUGAACCACAUAAUUGCGUGCUAAAUAAGUAGUAAUUUACUAGGGAGUUUUCUCCCUACUGAUGUCCGCUAAUAACCUCAGUUGAAAGUCCGCAUGCUGCCGCCUAUCUGAUGCCCUGGAAUUGCACUUUAAGCUAACACGUAUUGUAACUAGACACUUGCAGGUCUAGCUGCCUAAGACGUUUAAACAUGUCGGUUGGUUUUUUGGUUUUAGGACAAGUACUAACGCAGAUCGUCCUAGGCACAUGAUACUGCGUCAUUUUCUUUAGCCAAUCACGUUUUCACCCCUAAUAUAACUGAAAUGACCCUCAGUCGCCCGGUUUUCAUGUUCGAGUUAUUGUAUAACGGUCCCAAAUUAAUAAUUUAGCAAUAACUGAAACCCGUUGUUGGCGUUUUCUGGCGGUUUCAUGGGUGCUUGGCUGGUAUCGUCUAGGCACGGCAAGAUCGCAUCAACUCUCUGGUUUUUUGAGCUCAGUUAGUGCUCGUUACCAGUAACUCCACCCCAUUAACUCGAAAUGUGCGUCAUGAAGAACUCACGAGUCAAUGUUUAUUAAACUGGAAACUAAAAUUCAAAUUAAAUUUAAUUAACUUGUCUGAUCCACAGCUGACGUGUCCAUUUAAAGCUCUGCUCAGUACAGUUGCCACCAGAAGAACCCCCCCACCCACCAAGAGCGCCCCCGUGUGCUUUGCAUGUUCGAUGGUUUCCGUAUUUAUAUAUGUUCGUGAAGUUGGUGGGAGGAGGGAGGUGACGAGGUGCGUACGCGAGCACGUGCCCAAGUUUUGAUCAUGCGAUAAUUUAGACAGGAUCUACAACCGAGACAGUCCGCUCUGCAAGGGUGGGCAAAAUCACAUUUACGACCACUCAGCUUAUCUGAUCGCACGGACAAGCCCACUCGCCGCCUGGGGGAGUUAAGUGUUCAUCUUUGUCUGCUACAUCGAUGUUCAGCCGGGUAUUGGGGUUUAGAUGCGUGAGAGGUUAGGAGUGGACAGAGCGGCAUUAGUGCGGUGGCAGUAGACUCUCGGACGUUCAGUGGUGUUAGAAAGGCUAAGAUGCAGAUUGGUACGAGAACUUAUCAAAAUAACCAUCUUCCAGAAAAGAUACGCUUCCGUGAAACACAUCGCUGGGGGAGUAGUUAAACAUGUUAACGGGCUGUCUUCUUUAGUGGGUCUAGCUGGCAGAAAGAAUCGCUAACCUGACUUAUGCUGGGGAGUUAUUUGGCACUCGAAUGUGUGGUGAGAGUUUCAAAGUGCUACUGAACAAUUCAUAGCACGCAGUUGACUACUUCGGGGGCAUGCUUUCUAUUGCUCGAGUGAAUAUGUCCGUGGACCUGUUUCGACUACUCUCUUGAACAUCCCAACGUAAAAAUCAGUCUCCAACUUAAAUUCAUGACUGAAGCUUAGAAGCGUUAUAAUGUGAUUAGGGAUGCUCGCCUUUGCGGCUGUGUUGCUGCUAAUGUCGGCAUGUAUUCUUAAAGCCCAUCUGUUUAAGUGCCAAUAACGCAAGUGGUUGGACUCGCAUAGACCCUGUUACGUCCGACAGGCCGUGAAAACCUGCCAGGAAAAAUAAAUGGCUCAGAUGCGCUUUUAUAAAGACAAAUGCCACUAACAUCCAGGUCCGAUUAACCAGGAUGAUUGCAAAGUGAGUUUUGAGGAGUGCACGUUGUGGAGUGCCGGCAAGUUUGAUCACCCUAGUUUUUUCUAGUUCGUCGCGGCUACAGAUGGAUAUGCAUACGCAUUUUCUGAUCUUAAAAUAUUACGUGCAACAACGACUCUUACUGAGGCCUUUAACAGAUAACAACGUCCGCAGUGCCAGUAAAUAUACCGGAAUGUAUCCCCCCUUAAGGCCUAAGCCGUUUUUUGAGGACCCCACGGACAUAAGCAUUCCCUAGAGAUUAUGGAUAUUAUUCUAGGUUUUCCAAAUUUUAACAUGAGUUAACGGUAAGCUUUUUGCUUUCACUCGAUAUUUCAGCCUCAGAACUGGGUGAAGUCAUAAAACGCACGUUCACCAUCAGGUCACAUAUUAAGCUUAGCCCUUUGUUGCUAGCCCAGAAACUCGCCUCAUCAAAAAUAGGCUUUGCUUGGCUAUGAACAGAAGUAUGGCGACUGAAACCUGAAGGCGGAUGGGUAAACUAAAAAUCAGCUUCUGUUCUUGCCUUUUAGAUACUUAUUUUUCUUAUCUUAAUCGAAGAAUUCUUAUUCGAAAGCUAUGCAAAAUUACGACACAAAUGUCGGCUUACACAUAUUCCUGUUCAGUCGGCAACUCCUAAUCCUGUAAUGAAGGGGCAGAUUGCUUUGAGAAUGCAAUUAUCUGUUUCAUAUUGACCCAACUGUGAAAAACUUGGCGCCUCGGUGGGAUUUGAACCCACGCAGUAAGGGUAUGAAUUAUUCAGCAUUUGCCAAAGCAUCUUUGAAUUAUCUGUUUAAAAUGUUCUUCUUUUGGGCAUUGUCUUGGUCGCAGUUUGCACAGAGUCUGCCCCAAACAUAUUGCAAAAUUACAGACGCCCGGGCUACUUGAAUUUGUAAACUCCGUCUAAACUGCCUUAAAAGUUUGCUGACGAUGAAACUACCUCCUGCAGAUAGAUGUGCUGAAAAUAAUUACUUGAUCCGAACCAUUUCUGUUUUUGGAAAUAAAAAGACUAAACACUCUGCCUGAUGUUGGUCAAAAGCAAAGGAACAGAUAACAACAGAGGGCAUCUGUUCCUUUUAACUGACAGCAGUGUUUUCCACAUACUCAAAAGGGAUUUCCGGAAAGGUGGACAUGAAUAUUUACCUACCUGACAUUGUUCCUUUAUGUCAGAGCUCGCUGUGAUGAUUUAAAACACGACGCGAGCGGACCAGAAGUUUCUGAAAGACGUGAACGAGAUCGAGCUCAAAAGCCAUUAUUAUGGUGUAACUGCUGAGUGUGCUGUCAGAUAAUGUCAAAUGAUAUUGUCCCUUUGAUAAGGGAUGCAUGUUUAGACUGAUUUUUAAAACAUCGACUGGUUUUUAUGAAUGGAUGCUCACGAGCUCGUCUGAAUGGUAAAGUUAAAAGGAAAGGCAUAUGACUGCCAGAGAAUUUGGAAUGCUGCUUUCAGACAAAACAUCGCAAUGAAAAAUACCAUAAGUUCGAUAUUUGACCACAAGUCUGAUUUUCUGUGAUGUCUCUAAGAUAGAUUGUGGUAGAGUAGAAGUUUAAGCGUUUGUAUUUAUUUCUUUGACAGACAUCUAAUUCCCAAAACUGUUCAUAUGUCAGAAAUUCUUAUAGCAGUGACAUAUGUCCUGACAAUGUACAGGAAGUUCUAAAUAGAUUUCCAUGUCUAAACGCAGGUAAGCUAAAAUUGUGGACAUUCAGCCCUAGAGAACGUGAUAGCAAACAGGGUAGUUUACUGAUAGUACAUAUUGGACGAUCCAAAAAUAAAAAGUUAUUGAAUAAGAAUAGACUGGAUUUCCACGUGGACGGGAGUAAGAACUUUUAACUACAUACUCCGUCUGAUAACUGCCCUGGUUCAACUCCCCUGGAGAUUGCAUGAUGGGUUUCAGUUGUCAUACAAAAUGUUUUCUAAAUUCAAACCACUAACUUGAAGAAAUUUCUGAAACACUUAACCGUUUUAGCUGCGAUGAAGAAGCUGUUUUCGGGAAACCAGAAAUUUAUGUCUUUUUGUGUUUUUCUUAACUGGCUUUGUAAGAAUAAAAAAACCAUGAUUCGCAAUCAAUAUUCUUCUUUCUAAGCUAUAUUGAGUCGAAAAUAUUGAAUACAUUCUUAGUUUGCACAUUUGUUUUAUCACACCCGGUAGUAAUCGAUUUACAGUUAUUUGUGAUUGAACGAAAAGAGUGUGGAGAUUUGGGUUUUUAAUCAUUUGUCUGUAUCCGCACAGUGCCUAGAAAUAAGGUGGAUGCUGAACUCGUUCAAAACCACCUUUCGCGAAUAGGCGCCACCCAUCAUUUAGUAACAAAUGGGUCGCCUUUUUAUUUGUCUUCAGUUCUUAAUGAGCACAAGCUCAACCUGACAAAAUGGCCACUCUGUAUUCUUAAAUUUCCCUUUCUCGGACUGUCUGACGAUGUCUUUAAAAACAACUGCCAUCUGAAGGGAAAGAGUUCACGGUCACUUAAAGACAAAGAUGUAAAUCAGGCAUUACGUAAAACUAUACCCAAAAGAUAUCGGCUGACAGUUUAUUGACUAACGUGAUUCUAAGAAAAUUGAGUAUGCUAGUUGGAGCGAAAAGUGUUAGUACCUGGACUAUAAUGUUUGCCCAAGUUGACAUGCGCAAUAAUCCAACCCAGAUGGUACGCGGAACAGGUGUUGCAAGUAAGCAUGCUCUUUCUCGAAAAAGUCCGGUUAACCAACAAACAUAAAACCUUGAUAUGUCAGCAAAACGAAUAGUGAAUAUCUGCUUAUUUGGGUAGCGGAAUGUUUGAGCCAAGAAGCAAUUUCUAUUUUCUUGAGCAUUUUUAUACGGAUUUAGAGUGAGCCUGCGUGAAAGGCAGACACCGUACCUUUCCUCUCUUUUUUUUAUUUUGACUCACUCAUCACGAACCUGGAUUCCAGCACUGGGCCACUGCUUGUGGUUAGACGCUGCGAGAUCAGGCCAUGAAUAUUUCUCACCGCAUCUACCAUACGUCUGUCUUAGCACAGACAUACAAUACGGAAGCAUGCUGGCCUAAAAGGCAACAGUCAGGAUUACUACUUGCUCUAGAGUACCACAUUAGGCACGAUUUUGAAAUCGUCAGGUUCGCUCAUCAAAACUUACACACGGAAUAUUUUAGUAUAUGUUGAAAGAAAACGAAUAAUCAGACACACUGUAACUAUUUCCAGCAUUAAAAGCAAAAGUUUUCUGUAUUCUAUUUGCACACUUCUCUUUACAACAGCCUCCUUUUUCCGACACAUUUCAAUAUUUCGUCCUUAUGUGAGACGAGUGCUUUGGCAGUAGCUUAAGGGAUUCUUUCAAUGGUUAACUCCUAUUACUGACCUUAUACACUCUUAAUGUUUUGUUCGAUAUCUGUACAAUGUCAUCAUCUGCUCCUUUCCUAGCUGGAUAUUUACUGCUAAGGACGCGAAGUAACUACCUUAUUUGAUGAUUAUAAGUUAUAGUUUAUGUGGACAGCAUCGUUUGUAUUCUAGAAAACGAUUAUCCAAGGAUAACCACCCUACUCAGUCUGCUAAAAUAAUACGAUAAAAGCCGAAAAUUUCACCCAGAAAAUGAUGUAUGCUUGCCUUCAUAUUGCUUUUGUCAGAUUAACUCAACGACGGGUACAAUUACAGUGGGAGCCCGUGGCUUGGAUCGUGAAGAGAGAGAAAUAUUUGAACUCCUGAUUGAAGUGGUGGAUGGCAAACCAGCACUCACAGCCGGCUCUCUUGUUUCCCCGCCGGUGACCAAUAUGCGGCAGAACUCCAUUCGGCUUACGACUCAGACAACUGUUCAAAUCAAUGUGCUCGAUGAGAAUGACAAUGCGCCAACAUUUAUCUAUCCCAAAAAUGGACUGGUAAGCCCACGUUCCUUGUAUAUGUGUCCGCUGAGUCUAUUUAAAAAAGUAACAGUUGCAGGAUAGAGGCAAAAUCAUUUGAGGUCAUCGUUACCCAUAUAGCUCACAGAUUUCAACAUUACUUCCCGAAUCCGGCGUGCGGGACUACUGUUUUAUCAAACCCAAUGCAGUAAGAUUCUUGUUUGAGAGAAUCAAUUGAAAUAUUCCGAAAAUUGUAAUAUGUGCUUUUAAAUUUUUUAAUUGUUUUCUACUCUGCCAACUAGGAAUGCUUAUUUGAGAUCACAGAAAUAGAACUGGGGAGGUUAUCAUUAUGAUGCGCCUCUGAACUUUCGGGUUAGUGCGAAAAGUUGGACCAAAGUUCAUCUUUGAGAGUAGCCCUUUAGUCAAAGCCUCGCGGUGGAGGACUUAUAUCCGAGUGACCUGGUCGGCUUACCUCUGUAUUCCUCGGCACAACUGUCAAUAUUAAUAGAGUUCGGGCCAUAAACAGAGCUCUUCUGUCCUUUCGCCAAAACGUGGCAUUGAACCGCAAAGUGUUACCCGCCAAACCAGGUCUGUUCUUCAUCUAAAUAAUGUGGUUCGAAAUAAAGGUUCAUGCAACAAUUGGAAUGCAAUGUCCUUAUUUAAAUGGGAGCACAAACGCAUGCGACGAUUGAAAAACCUGUAAAUUGCAACCAUUCUGUAUCCGUAGCACGUUUCAAAGUGCUUUUCUCAAAUUCCCCUCCGUGAUUGAACGACCAGAGAGCAUCAAUUGAGCGUAUAAUCAAUAAAAAUAACUUUAUACUUAACUGAACUGUUUUCAGGAAAAUUCUUCUACACCGUUUGCACGCACAUGUUCCGAAUUCCUGAAGUUAGACGAGGAUGCUGGAUGCGUGGCAUUUUUUGCGACUACAGCUAGACAGCUAGACCACCGCAGGCAGCGAAGUUCAUCACCAUCACUCCGGUUGGUGCAGCCCUGGUUAUUACAUGAAAUGUUUAUACUGAUGAAGGUUUCCAAAGCACCUACCUCCCCCUCUCUUUCAAAUCAGUAACCAUCUUUUAAUAAUAAGACAAAGUCAGGGUAACCCAUGAUGAUAACGAGCACAUCUACGGAUAAAGCUAAGCGCUUUCGCUACACGUGCCUCACACCACCUGGCAUCUGAUUUCGUGCAUGCUAGGUUUAAUUUGGUGAGGACUAUGAAUUCACUCAAGUACACUGCGGUAACGGACAGUAAUUGCAGACUAGCUUAGCAGCAGGUCUGUACAAGUCCAAAUGCCUCAGAGUUGUCGUGAUGUAGAAUGCGAUGAUGUUCCCUAAGAAUAGAAUCCUCAAUAUCGGCCUCACUCCUUAUUCCUUUUCGCAUGCAUGACCAGUCCGUGCUGGUCUGUCAGGUAGGUGGUGAUGAAUGCAGGUGCAGUGACUAACCUGACGUUGAAACCUCCGUCUUAGGUGUGCCGCGUGCACCCACAGCCGCAGCUGGGAGCGCAUGGAAACUCUAGUUGCACGAUAGACGCGGGCAAAUGCGUCGCCAUUUUAUUCAAUUGCACUCACAGCGUUCUCCAUUAGGGGGGGGGGAGGGGGGACUGGAUUUUUUCGAGUACGUUCAGUUAAGGACAGAUUUUCGCAGUUUUUGGUGGAAGAGCCUUUGGUCAUUCACGGAAUGGCUCCUUCAUAGUCUUCUCCAGUGGCGCUGUAAGCAUUAUUUUGUGGUUUGUUCGCUCCAUUGCAAUCUGCACAAGAUACUUGCAAGUGAUUGGCCAAAGCCCAGGUUAAUCAUCUGUCGCGGUGAUAAUCAGUGGGCAGACUAAGGGUCAGGGGAUAAAUAAGUCCUGGAUGCCCAAUAUGCGUGAAAACGCCCGCAUUAUGCAUUUGAACAUGACCGGAUACGAUUUACUAACCAAUACAAAGGUACUAUCCGCGGGCAUUCAUUGAACGGAGCCGAAGGCAGCCAAAGAAACGGAACGAAGAGCAUAGUCAGUCAAACUCGUGGCGGAGCAUUCCGUACAUCAAGGGGGUCUCCAAAGCCGUGGCUCGAUCACUCGCGCCACUCGGAAUAGGUGUUGCCCACAGGCCUGACUCAACAAUCCGCCGGCAAGUGAUGCGGCCAAAAGAUCCGAUCCCUAAGCAGAAGAUGUCGGCCGUUGUCUACCGACUUCAAUGCAGCUGCGGAAGGUGCAACUACGUUGGGGAAACCGGCCGACGGCUGCAAACGCGAAUGCACGAGCAUAAGUUAGCCGUGCGAAGGUAGGACCCAAAGUCGGACGUAGCAACCCAUGCCGCGCAAAUGGGACACAUCUCCAACUUUGACGUCGUUGAGCUUGUGGGCCGGGGCGGCGAUCACACAGCAAGGCAAGUGCAAGAAGCCUGGAUGUCCACCGACCGCUCUGUCAACCGCCACAUCAAUUUGUCUCCCCCCUAUCAGACUUUGCGAACCUUCUUAGCGGGGGACAGUCACGGCGCGCGACAAUCGGGGCCGUCAGUCAUCACCGCGGCCUACGGGGGCGAUUCAGGUCACGGUGACAUGCGGGUUGGAUGCAGCCACACAGGCGGCAUUGGCGGAUCACGCAUUUGACAAAAGGUGUCAUUAUAAGGGGAGCUGUGCACAGGACUUACCAGUCUCUGAAGAUGGGUAGACGAAUGAACUACUCGAAACGUCGGACCUCAAAUAAACCCCUCCCGGUGGACGCCCCUGUUCCUUUUUAACAAAUUCAUAAACGGUAGCACGCUAGAUUUUGGUUGGAGUUUCACUAAGCCUCAUGUGCGAAUCCCGCGCAAAGCGAGUAUUACUCUAUCGGUAGUUAGUGCUCGAGUAGCAAUACCAAUAUUCCAUUUAAGAGAUUGGUAGUGAUAUUGUUUCACAAACUUAUUUUUGUCAAGUCCUAAUCAGAUUUAGAACUUGAUGGAUGUUUUAAUUUCAGAGUGUAAGUGUUAGGGCUUUCGUGAUCGUUUCAUGGCUGCCCAUGCAGUCUAGUACCCGCGAGUUAGUUGAUUCUGCCUAAAAGGUAUAAUAAUCUAGGGAAGAUUGAUGUAUAUAUGCAUUUUAACCGAAACAAUUCUAGACUGCCCUUUUUAGUAUUUUAGGAAAUUAAGCGAUAAAAGAGAAACUGCCAACAGGUAAAUGGCCCUGAGGACGUAUCAAGUACACAUUUCAGACAAUGCUGGGAACGCCGUCACUUCUCCCAUGUUCAGCUCCAUUAAGAUUCCGUCUGAUAAUUAGCCAGAAUAAAGUUUUGGCUGCAUUAGGGCGCAGAAUAUAACUUCUACACACCUCGACGACGUAAAGCUUCUCUCGUGCAGCGGUUAAGCAAAUAACAAUGGCAAAGAAUCACGACUAAGCAGGUGCACCCUCGGUGAACCUACGUACAGAAGUGUAGAAUGUACGUGUUCUGGUUCCGCUCAACCACGUGUCCGGGCUCCAGUUCACUGAAGUGCAAAAAGCUUUCAUUCUGUCAUUUAGUGACAGACUAAACCUCCUUAAUGCCACCAAGGUCUGUUAUGUUUGCUAAACUCCAACGGCUGCGGGUUGCAGAAUUAUCUCAACCCGGUGUACCUUUUUAAACCAACAAUCGCACAUGAGUCCAAUGAACCAAAGUUUGGAGAACAUUCAUCGGAAUUUCACUGACGACAGACACCAAUCCACCGUUUCGAAGAUGUUUCCCGCCUGGCAUAUUCGGUGUCCAUCCAAAUGCACCUCCAGAUUUAAGAAUGUAAACGAAAAUAUUCAAAUAGGAGAAGGCCACGGGCGGAAGAUGAUAAGCGUACAGGGGUUUUUCCGAGUGCCGUACUACUAACUGGCACCUCAACAGCCUUUCGCAGAGCCAUGCGAAAUAUGGUUCCAUGGGAGAUGACGCCAGCUGUCUUGCAGGCAACGCUUUGGAUUUAUCAAGCAGGCUUUUUUAAAUAUUGACCGAUUCAUGCCCUGGUGUUUUGCAUGACGUCCAUACAUUUGUAGUUCUGUUCCGCCAACUGUCAAGCGUUAUUGAUGUUGUCUUCACAGAGUUGCAGGGACUAAAAUUGCAAGGUUGAAGAAAAAAAAUGCAGGGAAAUGAAUUCCAAAAAUGCAUUUUCCGAACGUGGGUAGACUAGUAAAUUGUAAGAUAGUUGGUUUGAAAAACCUCAACAUUUCAUUUAUGCCAUCAUAUUUUGCGUGCUAAUGGUUUCCUUCUUAGUCAGUGUCAGUCAGUAUAUUUGAGGAAAAUAGGCUUCCGCCUUUUCCCUAUUUUUAUAUAAAAAUCAAAAAAUAUGCAACAACAUGAAGAAGUUCAAGCAACAAGUUAAUACAGACAUCGAUUCCUAUAGCGCAUUGGUUUUUCUGGAUGCAAAGCCAAAUAGCCCACUUGCUGGUGCAAUAGAUCUCUGUCCAGACGAUAUUUAAAUGUCUCCACAGACGGAGACGUUUCCAUCCCCUUGGGCAGGUUAUUCCACGGUUCCACGACACGGUUUGAGAAAAAAUACUUUUUCACAUCCUUUGGGAACACGUAGUUCGAAGGGGCGUAUCCGGAGGUUAUUUGUCGUGGCAAGUUGUAAAAAGUCGUCUCACCGGGGGACGCAGUCCAAGCCAUGCACGAUACGGAUAGUUUGUAUCAAAUCCUCCCGUGACUGCCUAUAACUCAGAGGAUAGACUUUGAGGUUAUUCAGGCAGGUCUGAUAAGGCAGUGUACUCUGACCUCUUACUAGUUCUGUGAUUCGCCUCUCUAACCUUUCGAGUAGAUUGCAAUCCUACUGCGUCCAGGGUCUCCAGGCCUAUGUAACAAUCGGGGGAUGGCACCCAAAAAAAUCCGUUACCUAGAAAUAAUACCUUUAACAGUGGACUGAAACGCCUGCAAGCUAUAUCAGCGGUUGCAGGCCGACUAUCACGAACUACUUGGACAUUCCCCGACGGCCUAACAUGGGCUGGCCGAACGAACAUUGCAGGAGGUUACAUGAACGAUGGUCGCUGUUACCCAACCUUCCCCAUUGUUACACACGCACACCUGAAUAUACUACAUGCAUUCGCGUUAUGGCAGUUUAUUACAAAACAAAAUCACUUUUAAAUAGAAUAAGUCUGCACAACACGGGACAGGAACAGUUCCCAGGCAUCUGUCAAAGACAUGGCAUUGAGGUCAAGCCAAAGACGAUACUGUACUUCGUCUAUGUGAGCCCACAGAGCUCGAUCACAUACAGGGCCUUCCUCGUAGAGUUUCCUUUUCAGCCUACUCCAGUAUGCCUCACUGGCAUUAGUGUGCCGUCCGGUGGUAGGAUCCUUGAAUGUCUUUGAGUGGUUAACAGAGAAAUGCAGAUAACCUUCUGAGGGAAGACGAUUACACGCCUUCCACUCGUCGAUUACUACUAUGCUGCCUUUGGCGACCCAUUUUGUAAUAACGGAACGGAAAGCGGACCAGCUUUCCGCCGGCUUGUAUCGUACAUUCCGACCAGCCACCACCCAUAAAACCCCUAUUACCACCUGUCCCGUAAGACAGGCUGCUUUGGUUAGGCGGAUUUUUUGGGUGCCAUCUCCCGACUGUUAUCGUUCCCACUCUAAUGGACAAAUGCUGACCAUCUAUGAAAGAUGUUUUGCAAUUUUUCGUAAAUCUUGGUUUGUGUGGGAGUGUCUCUUUUGUGAAAUAUCAAGAGGGAAUACGAACAAAUUUCGGAAUACGUUUCAGCAAUUGAAGCAUAUACAGUGGGCGUGCUAACUCAUGAAAUGUUUGCCGAAAUUCUGAAAAGCAUUUUCGGCUGUAAAAGAUUACUUAAAUAGGGUUGUACUAUUAAUCAACAUCCAGCAUAAUUCAAAGAUAUUUAAGUUGCUGCGGGACGCCAGCUUUUGAACGAACUUCUUUCAGACCGCUCGCAAAAACUACACUCUGUAAAAAAUGACUAUUUAUGUAUUAUGAAUUUUUCUCAUCGAUUUUCGAUACCGUUAUAAAUUCAAAUACAUUUCAUAGAAAACAUAGGUGAAAAUAUAUAUUCUUUUACUCAUUGGAUAACAGGUAGGUCUUUUUCAAAUUUUUUCUUGAUGGAAGUGUAUAAUUUGGCCUUAAGAAAGUUUAUAAUUAUGAGAUUUUGAAACUGAGAAACGUCCGUUAAUGAAUCAUCGUGCCUCUGCAUUUUCUAAUACUGCUUCUUAAGUUUACAAUAUAGCUCUCAAAUCGCAUCCCUGAACUGUAGCAACCUGAGUGAAAUCUUUCUGUUUAUGCAAACUCCUCAUCCAUAUUAGGGUCUCUUACGGAAAGUUCACUAGUUUUUUUAAAAAACCUGGAAAACAAACAUGAAAUAGUCUCCCAUUCCCAAAAGACAAGAUGAUAUCAGGAGGACUGAUUGAAACCGACCCACGAAUAGGAUGUAAAGUUGAACUGCUGGAAGGAACUGCUGAUUUGACCAAUUGACAUGCUGUCUUUUAGGGCACAGUUACCUUGACAUGCACUGAUAUCCUGACGCUGCCAAAGGUGGUCAUUCAGGUGGUUGCCAACGAUUCGGACAAGGGUCUCAACGCUGAAAUCGAGUAUUCCAUCAGCUUUAACAAAGAUAUCCCUGACGCAGGUUCUUCGUCCACCCAACAACUCGCAGUUGACGAUUCGAAGUUACCAGCCCCCACUUCCUCAUCUCCUGUCCUCGGAAGUCGCCCACUUAUGCGCCAGGAAGGGACAGUAACUCACAAACAAGUCGCCUCUUCUUCCAGGAGUCGCGAAUACGACCUGCCCUGGUUCGAUAUUGAACCACGUUCCGGUGAGGUCAGUCUUGUUGCUGCUGAUGGCCUCUCGCUGCGCUGUCAGGCACUCCGGCAGGACCAGCUGCUAGUAAACAGGGAGUUGGGAAAGUACAGCCUGAUCAUUACAGCCAAGGACAAGGGCGUUCCCUCACUCUCAGCUGCUGCGCAGAUCUACGUUCGAAUUAUAACAACGGACACUGAUGUGGCAACCAGGACUGUAAGAGUUCAACUUAAUUGUCCAUUUUAAAAAUUUGCAACAACUUAACAAGAGUUAUCAAGCAAGGGUCCGCAUAUGUACCUUUCUGAGCUCACAAAGCUGGAAGAAAACACAAAAUCAUGGACUCAUUUAUAACCUACACUUUGUGAUUGCGACUUAAGGCAGUUAAACAGGGCCGAAUUAUCUACCCAUACUUUUAUUCAGUGGUAGUCUUAGAUGUCCGAACAACAAAAAUGGGCAAAAGUUAGAAUUUGAAAAUACAUGGAAGAAUGUGACAAGAAGGUAAUACUUUCAGAUUUUUCUACAUGAAUUGCUGAUUUGAAUGCAGUUCCGAAGGGGUGGGAGAGUAGCGACAGUAAAAUAAGAGUUCGUCGAUACAAGCGAGUUCCAGGGGACGGUUCAGAAGCAGAUGCGAUCAGCGAAACAAAAAAGGUUACUGGUUUGACGUUCCGAGUCCGUAUUUAAACCCAUCAUCAGAGACUGUCGCACAUAAGGGCAGUGGUGGCGCAAAGACUGCAGUAUUUAUAGUACCUAUCUGGCGUGGGGCCACAUGCGUACUAUAAUUCACAGCUCUCAGGAUCACCGCUGGGGUCUUAAUUGAGGCGACUAUGGCUCGUCCGAGUCGUUAAUUGCUGCAAUUUCAUCAUCCGCGGUAGAUGUUGGUUUGAUGAUGACUCGGUAAUUUGGCCCGCUGUCACCGGGAUUGUUGCUUGCCUGCUCCCCUCCCCCCCGACUCACUGAUUCCCCUGCUCAGAGAAUGUCUCAGCACCGAUUAUGAUACCUGGAGCUCGUUGAGCUUAUUGAUGGAUUGCGGGCCUGAGGACCAUGAUUCGAACAGCUUGCGAAUCACGCAGCUGUCAGCUCUUGCGAGGACUUCGGCCACUCGAAAAUAUGGCCGGGUUCAGUGGAAUGAGCCGCCACCUGAGAACUCGCGUCUUCCCUCCUUAUCGCUGUUGCGUGCUCGGCCACCUGUGUCUGGAGUGAUCUCCAAGUUUCUCUGACGUGGUUGCCCUGUCCUCAACUGUACCACAUCCGUUAAACGACCACAGACGUUUCCUACUGCGACAGUGGGUCCGUAAACCUCAUGACAUGGCGCUUGAUAGUUGCAUCCGGCCUGUGUGCAACCCCAACUCCAAGUGGAAUAAGAAGGCGGCUGACAACUGCGGAGACGGUCCUCAUGUGCAGAUGAGACUUGGUCUCUGGUUUUGUUUGCAUACUUACUUUUUGGCAAAUUUGUGCGGGUAGCCAUUAGCCCUCAGUACCCGUCGAAGGUAUUGUAAUUCAGCAACCUGAUCUUUCAGUUCACUGCAAUGAAUCCGGCGUGCUGGCAUAGCGCCUUUACGAAACUGCCUUUGUGACUGUUUGCUGAAAUUCAGUACUUGCGUCGCCUUUGUCACUUUCCUGAACACCUUGUCUUUCAGGCCACCACAAUUUUUAUGGCCAACGAAAACAUCAAGGAAGGCCAGCUGGUUGUUUUCCGUUGCCUCCAUCGUAAACUGAAUGUCUGGGAAGACGGCGUUGAGACGUUCUUUGAAUUUUAACACCUGAUCCCGUUCGAUGACGAAGUGGGUAUCGUCCACAUAUCGAGCCCAAAAGUUCGGUUUGUGGUGUCGGAAAACAAGCGAUUUCAACCGUCGUGGGACCGCCUUGGAUAUGAGUCCUGAAGUUCGCGAUCUUAUUGGCGUGUUCCACACCUGCUCGUAGAUUGUUACUUCAAGAGUGAAGUAUGUCUUAAAAAAGAACUUCAGGAGUUGGAGGAUUUGACCGUUUUCGAGGAGAUUCUCCGUUUCAUCGUACCUGUCUCGUAGGAGUAGCUUGAUGGUCUCGAUUGCCAGGUCAUGAGGGCUAGAAGUAAACAUGGAUGUGACAUCAAAAAUGCCACGACGUCGCCUCUCAGAGGGCUUAGCGAUUCAAGUUUCUCCAAUAAUUGUGUUGACGAGCUGACUGUGGUGUUGGCAUCGGAGGUCAGAAGCCUGUGACGUCGAAACAGCCACUUUCCAGUCCGUAGGUUGAAGGGCCAUUUAACGAUACGAUUGUCCAGAGAGAAAUGGCCAAUUCUGAAAAUCAAGCACUUUGUUCGGCUGACGUUUGGGACUAAUACGCAAAUGCAUCAUCUGUGGCAGAAGUUGAUAAAGGUAUUGUGUUUCACAGGUGCUGCAGUUUUUACAGAAUGCGACUGAUAUGCCACAACAUACCUUUCAAAACUGACGACUUCCCAAUUCAUCACAGACAGUUUCACAUAGUAUGACAAAUGCUUGUUUGUCUGCAGUCAAGGCAUUGACUGCCGAAAUCGCAUAAGUCAUGUAGGUUCUUAGGCCAUUUGUCUCACCUACAAUAUCACUGAAAACAGUGCUUGCACGAGCGAACUCCGCGUGGCUAAUUACUCUGUCUUUGCAAAGUCUCACCACAGAAUAUAGAGCGAGACCGACAUUGAGCUUUCUAUUCGACUGAGAGCCAGACAAUCAUGGCUCGAAAAGUUCGCAACCUACGCGAUUUCCACCCAUUGCAGGAAUUUCGGCUCCACCGAACUUAAAUGUGUGAUUGGGGCCCUUCGAAUGAGACUUUACCAGGUAGCCGGCGUCGCUCAUCUUCACUUGUGUUGUGCGCUUGACCAUCGGCCUCUGACUCAGCCUUACAGUUCUUCCAAUAUAGUUUCAUUGCCCAUAACUGCACUAGACCCAGUAGAUGACGCCAGACAUCUGCCGUGGCAAUGGGUCCUUCGGCCUCAUGACUCAGCACCUUACGGCUGCCUCCGACCUGUGUGCAACCUCGAAUCCUGGUCGUGUGAAAAUGGUCUGACAUACAUGAAACCUACCCAAAAUCCGGACCUGUUAGAUUUGUUCUCUCGUCUAGUUUGUGUAUACAACGAUUGACGAAAUUGCGCAGGUAAUCACUCGCUUUAAGGACCCGCCGAAUAUAUUUCAGUUUUUUAACCUUGCCCCCCGGUUCAGUACAAUAUGCCUCAAUUUGCCAGUAUAGUCUCCUUAUACGAUUGCAUGUGUGUGGCGGAUUGGGCUGUUGCUGCUGUAGCUCAGUACUUGAGGUGUAUUAGUCGUUUUCAUGAAUAUGAGCGGCACACAAAAAUAUGAAUUAUUUAUUUAAUUUUUCAUUUGGGACAUCGUCAUAAAACAUUAAUCGCCUUCUAAAUACAGUCCAAUGUUCGAAAGAAUGCUUAUAUUCUUCCGAACUAAUGCCGUUAAGUGUUCUCAGGGAUUUUUUCUUGGGCUCUCAACGUCCUGAAGACGCAUUUCGUUUAGGUUAUUCCUUAUCCUUGGGAAUAAGAAGAAAACGCGGGGGCUAGAUCGAGCAAGUAAGGAGGGCGAGAAACCGCGGUCAUGCCGUUUUUCGCCAAAACUGGUUGAUUUUAAACGAUGUGCAGGCAGGCGUGUUGUCAUGAUGAAGCAGCCAAUCCCCAAUCAGCACAAUUCAGGUCAUUUCUCCCACUGCUUCACGUAAUUGUUCCAGCAACUGCAGAUAAUAAUAUUUAUUCUCUGUGGUGACAUAAUGAACAAAUUUGGCAUGAACACCUCCUUUGAUAAAAAAGCAAAUCAUCGUUGACUUCAAAAUUGUUUUCACUUUCCGUGCCUUUUGGCCUGGACGAUGAACCUGUCUUCCAUUGGUUCAACUGCUGUUUUGUUUCACCAUCAUAGCCGUAACACCAUGAUCCAUCCCCUGUGAUGACUUUUGACAAAAAAUCAAGGUCACUUUUUGUCUGUUCUUUCAAUCCCCGGUACACUCAGGCAGUCCUUCGCCUGACGCGACGCGUCUCGUGUUCCAAUCUUCAGUUAGGAUUCUGGGGCAUGAACUCCGGAAAAUUUCAUUUAUUUCCUCCGGAUUGUUGAUUGUUCUGCGAAGAUCCAACUUUUUGAACAGUUUCAGCUGCGAGGGGCGGCCCAAACGGGGCCCAUUUGCAAGCGGCAUUUGGCUAUUUCUUGACCGGGCAAACCAUUCAUAAAUCUCUACCUGGCUUAGGCCUUCCUUCCCAUCUGCGUUCUGAAGCAUGGAAACUAUUUCUGCAGAUGUUUUCUUUAACAAGAAACGGAGUUUCAUAUUGGUACUUUGCUGAUUACGGUUUGCCAUCCAAAAAUUGCCGAGAGCGUUGGGUGGAAGUCGAAUAAAACAAUCACUCUGUCGGCUGCGAUGUGUUCUUACGUCGGCUUCUUGGACAACUGAGCACAAAGAAUGUCUAGCGGGAGAAGACAACACUGCCAACACAUUUGCCAUCAGAAAAUAAUUAUGGUUUUUGGGUAAUCCCUCGGACUUAAGCUUUAAGGCUAUUAAAACCUGUGCGGUAGACGAGGACAUCAGUGAUGACCAGCUGCUUGUUUUUCUAUUGCAUCAUAAAUUACACAUUCGGGAAGACGGCGUUAAGAGGUAACUGGGGUGUCAGCGCACGACCUCGCUCGAAUAUACGCAAGGUAUUGCUGACAUGCCGCGUUCAGAAUUUCAUUUUAUGGUAUUUGACGUCCAGCGACUUCAACUUUUACAGAAUCCCCUUGUCCAAAAUCGGUGAAUCCAUUGGUUUGCCUUUUGCCUGCUUACAGAUUGUUCGUCGAAAGUGAGGCACUUCACGAGACAAAACGUGGGGUGUUAGAGGAUUUGUUUGUGUUGAAAGCGAUUCUUCACUUCAUACUGUUUGCUUUACAGGUGUAGUCCGAAGGGGUCGACCGGCAGAUUUCGGAAAUAGAAGUAAAAAGCAGAUGACGUCGAAAGAUACAAUGACCUCGCGUAGCAGGCGACCCAGUCUUCAAGGUUCUCCAAGAAUUGUCUUGACGAACCGACUGCAACAUCCAAAUUAACGGUCUGAAGUUUGCUACAAGAAAACAGCCACUUUGCCGGUCCGUAAGCUGGGGUAACUUUGAGUAGUGAUACGAUGGGCCGAUGGCGAGCGCCCUCUUAGUAUUCAUGGGUAAGGUGAUAGAAUAAGACCAAAGCCGUGUCUUGAGCUCUUGUUAUGCGUCGGUCGACCGGCCGUGUCGCAUCUGAGCACUCCAAUGCCAACACCGUUGCAUUAGUUUCGCGUAUCAACGUUUCACGGAUUGAUUACGCGUUGGACAUAGAACUGACGACUGUCUAGUAAGCUCGCGGCUUUUUAAAAGUAGUCUGUCUGGUCCCUUUAACAUUCGUUUUAAGUUAAUGGAGAGGAGCAGCCAAUUAGCCCAUUUUUAAGUUUCGCCAAAAUUAGAAUAUGUAACCGUGUAGAAAACACAUGGGUUUCAACUCCAUUACCGCGUAGUGCCAAAUCUGAUAGCGGUUAACGACAGUUAUAUGGCGAAAGAAUCUAAUAUAGAGUUUGCUGACGUCCGUACUAUGACAGUGGGAACUUCUAACGAUCUGAUGGCUUGGAUAGAAGUUCGUCUACGCUACGAUCCAAAUAUACACUCGAUUGGAUCAUCUGAGACAGAUUCAUAAUUCAGUAGUUUGUAGCAUUUGCAGAAUUUGACUGAUACGCAGCUGAAUACCCGGAAUCGCAACAAACAGCAGUAGUGCCAGACGUUAGGCGAAUAGAUCAGACGUGGGAAUAUGGUUCCACCCAGUACUUGGGGUGGUUUUACGCCAAAUUCCAGAGUUAGUGUUUAUUCUCGUGUCUUAACUUUACCCCUAGCUCUAACACCCAACCUUACCCCCCUAACACUCCUAACCAUAGUACUAACGCUAACCCUAACACCCAAAGCCCUAGUCAUAAUCCCGUUCCUCCCCGAAUUUUGUGUAGGACCACCGGUAAUAUGGGAGGUCCAUAUUCCCUGACCUAUCAAUGAAUAGAUUUUUUGCAUGAGUGACCUAUUCUCAUCCCUCUCAGUACUUUUCAGCUUUCACUUUUUUCCAUUAUUCGACAGUUUGCAUUGUCAUUAUCCGCCUUGUUUUGCCCUAUUAGGAGAACUUUUAUCUUCGAAAGCAUCUACAACAUUCGGUUUUUACAAGCACGUCUAGGUAGUGUAGUUGUCAAACUGUUUCAUUGUGGGCCACUACUGCCGAAUAAUCCUCCUCUUCAUUCAUUACUGUCACUUGAGUCCAAGGAAUUAACAGGAGCAACUGGAUAAAGAGCCACACUUCCGUUCCAUUUCUAUAGGCAAGAACGGUAGAAACCGUUUACGUUCCUGUCUCAGAAGAACCUAUAUCCGCCUCAGACUUAGUUUAGUUACCACUGCUCGGGGACGAGAUUUGUCGGGGGCCAGGGAUUAUUAACUGGGAUCAUGACAGUUCAUUGUUGACGAAAGCUCUCCCUUCCUUGGUGCUGGAUUGGACGGUGGGUUAUUUGCAAGAAAGCAUAUACUGGAAGCUGGUGGAGGGAGCAAAGUCAUCUCAGGGGAAAAUUUGGGGCCGAUAUCUUCCAAAUUUAAAAUGUUUCGACUGGGACCCCAAUCAGUCACGGUCAGCUGGCCGUUAGGAGUAAUCUCGUCCGGUUUAAGUUUCCCGUUCAGGCCUGACUCCUGAUGAUGCAUGCCCCCUUCCUGGGAGGCUGGGUCAAACUGAAAUGGACAAGGUAAUGGCCCAGUGCGAGCGGUUGGUCGUCUUUUAUUUUUGGCACAGUUGAAUAGUAAUACCGCCUGUUUUUUCUGCGGUACAGACAGCGUACGCAGAUUACCAUCUAGAAACGGUAAUAUAAAUAAACUACCUUCUGAAGACUAGGAUUGACAAGGCAGCCUUUACAUACUCCAGCUGUUGAUCCCGAUCUAAUGAUGGGAGCGGACGGGGUCAACAGAUGCGAGUUAAAUAGGUGGUCCAGCCCAGUCAGUCCUCCGAAAAUAAAUAACGGGAAGUAGUUUAUUUGGACAGUCUUUUCUACAGGGGUACCUACGCGAGAAAAUAUCACUCUAACUGUAUCUUAAAAGCUUCAGGUACUAGCAGUCUCUUGGGCCAAAAUUAAAAGAUGGGCGAUGCCCCGGACUGGGCCCUGCCCCGAGACGAAGAAUGUGCAAGUAGGGAUGUUUCUUAAGAGUAGGUGUCGAUGCGUCCGUAAACACGUCUGCUUAAAACCCAAACGCCUGCGGCCAUUCGCGUUUGUUCGUCUGGUACUGUCAAAGGUCACAAGGCCAGAACAAGCCUUGUCUGUCAGUACGAGAACCAGGAACCCAGCCGCAAUAGAAGUGUAAAUUUUUAUGGUGAGUCACUAUAGGAACUGAAUGUGGCUUUUAUUUAGGAAGAUUUGUGCUUCGGGAUUUUCACUCUAUCUUCGUGAAUGCAUGCGAUAUUUUCGUAGAACCAAAUUUGGAUGACUAAUUACCAAAUAGGACACAGUGAUUAACUAGCGGAUCGACCACGUUAAGGCUUAUUUUUUUCAGGAGCUGACAAACUGACCACCCGGUUCUCGUAAAGGAAUGCUCCCAAUUUUCACCAUUUCGUAGUAUCGGUGUUUGGGUAAGGCAAAAUAUUGCCAACCGUUGGGUUUCCGAUUUGAUGCAGUGAAGAACCUGACUAGGAAUCCCGAAUCAGUGACAAGCAUACGAAUGACAUGAUAACUGUCAGUAACAACGCUGACAGUUCCUGAACAACUUGUCCGAAAAAUCAUAAGUAUCAUGUUAGGCCUGGCUCAGUCGGUUAGCCAGAGAAUACGCAAGAACUGUGAAAUUUCGACACAGCAUGCAGGAGUUUAUUUAAAGGCAAUUAACCACCAAUACUUGCCGACCAUUCUUAGUAGGUAUAAUGCUUUUCCUCGUAAUACUAAUUGUCGUUAGUGAAUUACACGGCCAAUUUCAGUAAAUCGAUAUGAAUUCAUUUACAAAUGCAUGAGGGACUCGACUUCCUUGGUUUGUCCAGAGAAAACUUUCUUUCCAGACCAUGCCUGAACAUUCACUCUAUGCAAUGACUGUUUUAUUUUAAUCGUGAAAGUAGUCCCAGAUAGAAAACGAAUGACUUUUAAAAGUGGAGUAGUCGCUUUCUGUACUCAAUUUUGUUUUCGCUAUAUCAAACUGUCGUGAAAGUCGUGCAUAAAGUAAUCCGCAAAUAAGCGUUGGCGUAGUGGAGAGGCUAAUAUAAUGCAACAUGGGCGCUUUCUCACGGAAGAAGCGUCUCCAUACUGGUGUCUCUCCCACAGAGCCAGCUACCGCUAUUCCCUCUGGAAAGGCGUUAUGCCAGUUGGUCACGUGCGUGCUACGUGCCCGCAGCGUCCCUUCCCGUCACCAGUCGCCACUCAGCAUGCGCCUCCCCCCUUGGUCUGUCGAGGCGAGCGACGACAGAGGACAUCGAGGGAGCGCCACAAACCCCAAGGUAUUAUCCUUGGCGUCACUGCGCCAAGACAUCCAUAGCCUCCGGCAAAUAGCCGUUGGGUCAUAUUCACAAGCAGAUUAAGUUUAUCACCAGUGUGGUUCUAGGUAGCCGUCAACAUUCAGCCGAACCGCGUGCCCUGAGGGCGGGUACCGAAUAAAUGCAAUGUCGCAGCAAUCCCCUCCUAACUAUUUAUUCAUCCGUAUCACCCGUAAGAGGUUUAUUUUUCGUCGUCAAGCUUAACACAUCCGGAGAGUUUUGAUGUCUCCUCAUUGCAAGAUAUAGAGCUCUCACGACAGACAUCUAAAAGACCCUCAGACCACUAGAAAACGUGUUGCUAAAGGCAACACGCAAUAAUAAUUCACGUGUACUUGAAGAGAGUUAACGAUGUUUAAAUCCUCCUCCUCCGUAUUUUCUAUGAAAUAUUUUAUGAAUUUAUGGGGGCAUCGAAAAUCGAUGAGAAAAAUCCAUACUACUUAAGUUGCCAUUUUUACGCCGUGUGGUUUUUGCAGGCGGCCGAAAAGAAUUUUAUCCAAUAGCUGGCACCCUGAAGUAACUGAAUUAUCAUGAGAUUAUGCCGGACAGUGAUUAGUAUCACAACCCUUCUUAAGUAAUCUUUUCGAGUCGAAAACGCCUUUCAGAAUUUCGGUUAACAUUUCAUGAGUUAAUACGUCUACUGUAUCUGUGGAGCACAUUAUGGACAUCGUCGGACACGAUGGUUGGAGUGUCGGAUGUCUUCUCUCUAGACUAUCUUAUUUGAUUCCACAGGUCUUCCGGCAGGUGUACAGCAAAUCUGUAAGCCAGUAAAUCAUUUAAACACUCUUAAAAGUCAUUACCUAUCAUUUGAGCCAAUGAACUUUCGCUGUAUAACAUCACCCGUGGAUCAGCGUCAAGCCUAGUUCAACCUGAAAACGAAAUAAUCGCAAUCGUCACAGUGACCAAACACCGGAGAGAAAAGUUUAUUUAAGGCAUAGACGGGGGAUAAUUUCUUAACAAACGUCCAAGGAAGAAAGGCAUUCAGUACGGGUUAUAAGCCUAUCUGCGAGAAUACUCAUUAUGGCAGAAGCAUGCUUGCUUUUCAUAAAAAAGAAAAUUGAAGUUGGCGCGAGAGCUCCUUCCAUGGUGUUAUCAUUCCUUAUUUAACUGACUUAAGUAAUGACUGCUUCUGUCAAGUUUCUUAUUUUUGUUGAGAUACCUCCUAAGACAUCUUCACCGUGCGCUCAAUCCGGCUGAGGUUUCUUUAUGCCGUCAUAUCUCAACAAUACGGCAAGCUGGACACUUGCAAAACAUGUUUAUAUUAAGAACAGGCAUCGAGCGUCCGAUAAUACGUGUUGCUGACUGGGCUGUUUAUCUGUUUUUCUCUCUCUCGCCAUUCUGGGUAAUCGGAUAUUAAUAAACUUCCGAGAAUUGACUGCGCUUCUAACCAGUUACUUCUGUCCGGCGGAAAAUUCUAGCGGCAGCCGGAUGCCAUCUCAAACAAGGCUCGCUUCGUCGGUAUUCCUCCAACGGAAUCUGUCAGCCACAUUUUGCCAUCCGAGACUCAAAACACCGUGUAUGGGGACUCAUACACUGUAAACGAACGAUUCACUCUCUUCUCAUCUCCAGUCGCCUUCUGGGCAGCCACAGUCUGUCUGGCGGUCGCAACCACAGUCCUCUUCGGUCUCAUCUGCACUUUUGUGACGAUUGCCUUCCGCAAACGUAGAAUGACACCUGCAGUAGAUGGAGACAGCGAGGAAGGACACAACGUAGAUAUGUAUUCCAGAGUCGUGCCUUCAAACUGUCUCUCACUAAACUCCACGCUGCCAGUCACUUGCGAGUCCAAGGCACUUCGUGUGGCCUAUCAGGGUAAGUAUCGCAUGCCUUCGAUGUUUCCGCAUACGCUGCUUCCAUCUCCGAUGUUAUCUCUAUCUGGAAUCGGCUUCUUAUGGAUAUCUCGUUAGUAAGGAUAUUUUAGUUUUUCUACCGUCAAACGUGAGUUUUUGUCUUCAUCGUCAGAAAGGAAAAAUUUUUUGCAUAAAUCUGAGAACAAUAUCGUGAUUUGUGAACAGGAAGGGCUAGUCAGUUCGACUUUUAAUUUAUCAACAGUAAGCGAAAACUGUAUUAUUCUUAAAGUCAUUACGUUCAACCUACGCGAAAAGCCACCCAGUGUCUGCCAGGUAAAAGAUCAUUAGGAGAUUUGGAGGAUAUCAGGCAACAUCGACUUCUUAUCGGACUUGAAAAAUCUGGCAAGUUUAGCAAUCGCUGAAAAUAUUUGAGCCCUUCUGCCAAAGUUGGCGUUGGGAGAAUAAGCCGGCAGUCUCCGGAAUCUCCUUCUGAAAGACGGGAUCAAGCUGAUGAAGGUGAAUCUAAUACAAGCGAACCUCUUCUGUGUAAAACAGACUUUCCGUGCAGACCUGAAAAUUAACUUGCCCGGCGAGUGAUAAAAAAGGGGAUACAAGUCAGUUGACAGAGCUGACAAGUGCAGUUACGCUACCCAAGCCUGCAGUCGAGCUUCGUCCCAUACCGCAUACUGGUCAUAGCCUAUCAGAAUAAAGUUGUUCCGAGUUUCAGACGGUACUGUCCCUCUGAAUCGAAUGAAAUGUCAUUAGAUCUUUGAAACUAACUCACAGUUGUCCACUUUAUUUCUCGCUCGGAUGUAAAAUGCGGUCAAAGACACAGGCACAACUUGCGCCAGCAACAGGAGGCGUUUCAAUAUCCCUAAAUGUUAAAUCGCCACAUAAUUCAUUCUAUUAUAAGAGAAAUGUUUGGAGGUAUCCACGCGCGCCUACCACAGUGCUCGCCAAAUUUCAUGUGCACGGCGCGAUCAAUUCCUCAAUAAGAACCCAGCGAACCGAACGAGGAGGAGGAGGAGUAGGAGGAGAGGGAGGAGGUGGUGUAGGUUAUUGCGUGUCGCGCAGGCCUAUGGCGUGCCUUUAAGUUCCGGCGUAGAACACUUAGAUAUAUACCAUGCUGCCUGCUGACUGCGUAUCACCCGCCUGCUUCCCUGCGCGCAUAGUUGUCUGUUGAAUGUUUUUUUUCAUGACCAUCCAUCACAACCGUUACUACUGCCAUCUGUCUCCACAAAGGAUAUUGGAGAAGCCGGGAUUCUGGGAGGGGCGAGGAGGGUGGGAAUACUCUAGAAAAGACGCAAAGUGGUAAAAUUUCCCGAGCUUUGUCGGUCUCGCGCAGACAGGCACACGCAAAGGACCGAUAAACCUCCUCCAAAUGCUACUGUCGCUGUUGCUACAACUGUCAGAUUUGGUCGCUGACGGGCUUCGGUGAGCGCGAAAGGAAUUCCAGUAAGGGUAUUCGGAGUUGUGUGAGGAGUUUGAGGCACCAGCAACUUAUUUCGCCUGAUAGUAGAGAACGCACACACAUAUGCAGGCAAAAAGCUGAGUUGCAACUCAUCAGCCUUGUUUUCGACACGGCCUCUCACCCCUUCCCCUAUACCUCCCCUGCGCCAUCCCCACACUGAAGCGCUCAACAUGCAUAGUUUAUUGGAAGAUGUCGUGUCUGAUAUGCCUCCUGGCCUGCCCCGACUAAUGUUUGGACAGUCCCCCAACCAGCUGCUCGUUAAAAGUCGGAAAAGUGCUGCCAGAUGUUUUGUGGAGGGAUUAACAGCGCACCACUGAAUUGAGCCAGCAAAAGCAUAGGGCGGUCUCAGCAGCAACUUCCAAUCUCUAGCAUAGUGGUUCGGUAAAGUUUAAUGACUUCUGCGAGUACGGUAGAGGGCGCUCAGCGAUCGCGUUGACGGACGUGCUCAUACUGUUGUGCUUUGGGACUCGAUAUAGUCCCAUAGGCUGUCGCACUCUACCAAAGAAGAAGUACAAAGAGCCCCUAUCACAGUGGCUAGAGCGCUGAAGUAAUAGCCAAAAGAGCAAGGUUUCGGGACUCAGAUUUCCUCAAGCCUAUGGCUGAGUAAGACUGGCUGACCGGACCAUCUUGUCUUUGCCUUCAUUCUACCUCGCUUUUGUGAGCAUUUACUAUCGACCACCUCCAGCUCCCGAGGAAGGACUGGGGGAUUGGAAGCAGGCAGGCUUUGAAAACCAAGAUGAACACUAAUCAUUUACCCGUGGAUUGUGAAAUAACCGCCGAAAGGAGUUAGUAAAGAUUAAAAUCUUGCAAAUGUGUGUGAGAAAUUUAAACAGUUCAAGAUUGCCUGCUGAAACUGUCUACUGUGUUCGAUUUCAGAGCGCGGCUAGGUUUUACUCUUUACCUGACCUUUCGCUGCCACAGAUAGACACAUGAGACGCAAGGUAAGUUGAGGAAGAUAACAUGUUUGGUUUUCAACGGAACCACUUGCUUGAAUCCCACCCCCUGAGGAUAUGAGUACUUUGGCUGAAGUUGGAAACGCUUGGCAUCCUCCAGUAAAAUUCAAGCGCAUCCGUUCAUUACAAUUUGCAACUUGACUAAAACCCUACCGGCACUUGAGACUCUUUAUGAAUUCAAUUUGCCGUUAUGAACUAAGACCCGUUUCAGGUGCGUUGGUAAAAUGAGGCUCAAACUACUUUGGAAGUGGUCCCUAUGGUCCUUUUCUCAAACACGACUGACAGGGGUUAACCGAGAAACAAGGAAACAGUAAAACCGUUUAUUUAUUAUGAUCCAGUGGCAUGCAAAUAUGAAAUCACAAGGACUGGGAGGAGAAAGUCGGAGAACGAAGACUUGGAGCAAAGGCACCUGAGAGGAAAUCACUACCCAUGGUCAACUAGCCGACUGCCCUGGUAGCCACAGUCAGCAGCGCUCAACGUAACCGGAGGUAUGCUAGGUGAAUGUCCCCUUCUCGCUUCAUCAACCAUCGCGCGGAAUGGUGGUCUGUUGGACACCCCCAGACUAGACACUUCCGUUCUUCCCUCACUCCCUCCCGUCCAUUAGUUACGCCGGGCGGGGGGGAGGAAAGGGGAAGAGGGAACGAGACUUGGUGACCACACCGGCUGGUCUGAUUUUUGUUCUCUCCGGUAGCUCUCUCUCUCUCGCUCUAAGACUGCUUCCUGUCGUUCUUGUUCAAACUCUACCACCACGCUCGCUCCUACCAUUAACCCCACCAUCGUCAGGCCUUCAUCGCGGGAGCCAGAGAUUGCACGCGGACAUUAUAGCCAAUGUCAAAGCGGAAAUUAAGGUGUAAAUGGAAUUGCAGGGCCUUAACAUGGAGAACAAAUCUGGCUGGUUGAUGCCACUGCCGCUGAACAGGAAGCGUCUACCGCUUCUCCCUCAUCGUAGCAGAACACGAUGAUGCUGAUAAUGACGUCGACGACUGAGCCGCCAACCACUACGGCGCAUUUAUUAAAUGAAAAUCACCGCAUGAGCGGCCUUCAACCAACUGUGGGCUUCGCUGAAGAAUAUUCUUACAUUAUUCAUCUGAGCGUUGUUUCUAGUCAAUGGAUGAUAUUGUAGAGCUUAAUCUCAAGUACUAGGGGAAACGGGCGCAGGUAACGAAGGGAUGCAACCACAAUGCUUAUUUAAUUGGUUUUGAGGACCGCACCUUCCGUAAGCAUAUGUUGUGAGUUUGUUCAUUAAUUUCUAAUUCGGUCAAUGGGACAGAAAAGUAUUCUUACUUUUCCUCUCGCAGCGUCAGAGAGCCAUCAUCCGGAGGACUGAUUCGUGCUUUCUCACAGCCUGCGCCAUUUGGUUGACCAAAAGUCAGGUUUAUAGAUGGCAUUUUAACAUGCGCAGUCCUGAUAAGGCGUAGGGUUAGUGAUUUUCAGGAUAGUUUGCGUAUUACGUACCCUGAGAUUGGUCAACUAAUGUUAAUGAAAAUAUUUUUGAUGACUUUCCUUAAAGGUGAAUUAAACACUGCCCCAGAUUAAAAAAGGGAAUUUGUCGGAAUCUCAGUAUAAAAAAGGAUUCUCAGAGUUGCAAGUUGUGGAGUUCAAAUCCAAACUCUGAACACAUGCUGUGCUGCUUGUUCAGACGCAAAAAUACUCGGAAUAGGUAGCCACUUCCUGGCCUUUCGUAGUUCCUUUGAAUUCCUACGAUCUGAGUGUUGGGGUGAGACAUCUCUCCCUGUACGACCGUUGUUUAUAACGUUGCCCGCACCCGGGAAAUCCCAUAUACCGAAGCCUUCACUGCGUACAUCUUUAGGUCAACAUGUUUGUGGCGGUUCAGAAACUGCGCCUCAUCCUCUACCCCCACCUCCAGUCCUUUUGGUCCUGCCUUACUAACGAGUCACGAUUGGUGUCUGAAGCAGGAUUAGGGGGAUUUUUCAGAGAGAGGGGAAGAGAGAGAGCGGGGAGUGGAGCUCGAAGAUAAGAUGGAAUAACAAGCGCCAUAUCCCGUAAUCCGACAGACCCAUACCUAAGUUGCUGAAUGCUGCAGAUUGCAACCAGAAGCAGGUGGGUCCGUAGAUGAAUAACAUAGCAUUUAUAGCGAUGCUAAAUUCUCAUGGAGCCUGCGUUUGCGCGCUGGGUCUUUCUGAUAUGGAAUUUGGUUUUUGCUGGCUGCUGACAGUAAAUAGGCACGAAGUGGUAAUUUAGACUAUCCUGUCUCUGUCGGUAGCACUUUUCGAUUACCGCCUACUCACACUCAUGCGACUUCAUGGAUGGGGUCUAGACUGAAGUUCCAUAUGAAAACAAAACGCCCCCUCCCUACUCAGCGUUGCAAGUGGCCACCCUUAACAACAUGCUGAUAAGGUUAUCAAGAACUUCGGAUUAGCAUUUUCCUAACCAUUCCAAAGUAUUGUAAACUUUAAUCAUGGUUCACCGUUGCACAACAUUAUAUGCAUCAAUAAAACAGGGUUUUCAAGCGCUUUUCUAGAACUCUCCGCGAGAUAAUAGCUUUAAAAAUAAACUAAUUCAAGUUCCUCUGCCGCUGGAUGUUUGAAGAUGACUUUGAUUUCCAUCAACACCCUAAAGACUGUGAUACACACUUUUAUGCAUGUGAUUUGCUUCGUCGGCAUUAACCGGUACAGGACAACCCAAAAUCUCCUUUCUUGCAGAGGAAACCAUCAUGACCUCAACAAAACUUUACUAUCUUCCCGCUCAUUAACUUACUGGGCUGAGUUGUUGAAGAGUUGCUUCGUAUCCGACAAAAGGAAUUCCCUCGCCUAUUUCUCCCACCUUUUUUAUUUCAGACACUUCACAAGGUGGUAAACAAGUUAGGAUGUGCUACCCUGCACCUGACAGUGGUUUCUACGACUGGCCCCAGACAAAGUACGACGCCGGCAAGCAGACGGCUGUGGUGUCCUCGACCACAGUUCCCGCAUCCCAGUCACCCAACACUCCCCUACUCAGUCUCAGCCAACAGGAGACUUACCACUACGGUCGCCUGCACUUGCCUGAGGGGCAGUUGCCUGCGCAGAUUGUUCUCAACGGCCUGGAAGUCUAUCAGCCUUUGUUGCCAGGCAAAAAUGCGGCAAGCCCGCUGUAUCACCCCGGGCUGACUGUCCGAACUGAUGUCCCGAUGCAGCAUCUCAUCAGUGGCGUCUCGCCCUCACCGGCAUCUCUUCUGCUUCACGAGGCCACCACACCGACCGGCAAUGGAGCAAAGUUUAAGCUGCAAAAUAAACUGGAACCAGGCAGGAACACCUUUGAUCGUCCCUCUAAUGUGGACAGGACGCGUCACUCGAAGGAUGACAUUGAGCUAGACUUGCAGCUGCGUACUUGUUCCGACGGUGUCACUGCUAAUGGUGCAGAGUUGGCUAGAGCCCUUCAGGCUAGGUGUCUCUCUCGAAGCACCACCACGCUGCAACAACAAGUGAAGCUGGAGACUAGUUUCGUGUGA